CUCUAUCUCCAAUAACCCCAUUAAUCCUUGGCAGCCCCCAGCCCCCUACCACCUCGAGGGUGCUUGUGUGAAGAACUGAAGAUGAGUUCCUUGAGUUUAGCUUCAAUCUUCGCUGGUGGUUGCCGCAGUUUUGGUGCGCCAGUUACCGCUCUGCGCACUUUAGCAUCCACCCAUACUUAUUUGUUUAAUAAGCAUCAGAACAACAAUUCUUUAGCUUGGUUUUCCUUGAGUUCACGUAAGGGAACGUUCAGCUAUGCCUCCUCGGGAGCAGAGGUUACUUGCACAACUACCAGUUCUUCUGCUAAUGGCUACCUAGAUUAUGAUCGAUUGCUUCCAUGUCCCUCACACAAUAGACCACCAAGAGUCGAACACUUGGUCGUUUUAGAGGAGGGGCCUGUACUAGACUAUAUCUGCAAAGCUCUGAAUCUUCCUCAUUUGUUUGUUGCAGACCUCAUUCAUUUUGGGGCUGUACAUUAUGCCCUUGUGUGUCCACAGCCACCUCCAACAGCAACUCCAGAGCAGGUUAGCUUAUUUAAAAAAUUCACAGCACCUUCAGUACUGAAGAAGAGAGCUUCCAUCAAAGGAAAAACGGUUCGAGAAGCACAAAAAACUUUUCGGAUUACUCAUGUUGAUCAGUUUCUUGAAGCUGGAUCAUAUUUGCGUGUUCAUGUACACCCAAAGCGCUUCCCAAGGUGCUAUGAAAUUGAUUGGAAAUCAAGGAUUAUAGCUGUGACAGAAUCCUAUGUUGUUUUGGAUAAACCUGCUGGUACAUCAGUGGGAGGAACCACAGAUAAUAUAGAAGAAAGUUGUGCAACCUUUGCCACUCGUGCCUUGGGAUUACCAACUCCUUUGAAGACUACCCAUCAGAUAGAUAAUUGCACAGAGGGCUGUGUUGUGCUGGCUAGGACAAAGGAGUACUGCUCAGUUUUCCAUGGAAAAAUCAGAGAGAAAAAGGUGAAGAAGCUUUAUCUUGCUCUUGCUGCUUCACCUGUGCCAGUUGGAGUAAUUACCCACUACAUGCGUCCCGUUAAUAUUGCCCCCAGAAUUGUUUCAGAAGAAUUUAUAAAAGGAUGGAACUUGUGUCAACUUGAGGUCUUGGAAUGCAAAAAGGUUCCUUGGCCAGAUGCCAUAACGGAAGAGACAUAUUCUGUUGAAGAUUGUGGGUGGCCCUCAAAAGAUUAUGCAUACGAGUGCAAGAUCAAUCUUUUGACUGGUCGAACACAUCAGAUUCGAGCUCAACUGGCAGCCUGUGGUGCACCAUUAGUGGGCGACUCAAUGUACAUGCCAGCAGCAAUUGCAGAAAUUGCAAGUCCUGGAGUUAAUCCAUUUGGAAAAUUCCAAAAGCAAUGCACAAGUGAGGAGGAUCAAUCAUUAGCCACUGCUGAAUGGGUUUUACAGCACGGAAAGGAACCAAGUGUUGCUAUUGGUCUUCAGGCCUGUCAAAUUUCAUGGGAUGAUGGCAAGCACAUUUACAAUGCUGGAUCUCCAUGGUGGAGAAGGCUUACCUAGAAUAGUUAUUGACGGAUUAGUAUGAAUUAACAAGUGAAGAAUUUUCUUACAGCUGAUGCAUUUGGGUCAUAGCGGUCAAUCAUAUGACUGCUGAAUUAACUCAAUCAAGUCAUAUCCAAAGGUAAUUCUUUUUCCAUGCCCUGUUCAUGAAAAGAAGGGAUUUGAUGAUAAGGCUUGGAUUCAACUUGGAAGGACGAUGAAUUGAGAGGCUCAUGAUAUUUUUUGUAAAAGAAAGCUGAGCCAACUGCAGUUUUGAAGAGAAUAUAAAACUUGGUUGUGUUUCAUGUACCUUAGCUUAGCAACUAAGAGGCAGCUACUGAUCUGCCCAUAAGAUAUCAGUAUGAUCAACAGCUACCUUUAUGAUAAUUCUGUCUCGGUUCAUCUCAUUAAUUUUCGUUCUUUUUUAUUAUUUUUUGUUAGGCAAAACGCCUUUUCAACUCCUGUAAAUCUUUGGAACUUAAAAACAGUAAAUUUAAGCCAAAUAAUUAUUAAAUCUUGAGCAAUUUAGUUCAGAAUUAAUCAGCGUGUAAUCAGACGUUAAUCACAUGAUCAUCAGA